GACGUCAUCAUCAUGGCUGAUGAGAAAGGAGCUGCAAGCAUGGCCUUCCGCUCCAUGGUCUCAAUGGCAGGAGACAAACAGAAACAAAAGGAUGUGGUUCGGAACCAAGGCAAGUGGAACAAUCACGAAGUGGCCAUCAAGCUCCUGGACAGAGACAAUGUCCCAGUCAACCUCCAGCUGCGACUGGAGAUCAAGGCCAUG